AAAAAUAUUCACCCCACCAAAAUUUCUACGCCUGGGAAAUCUUCAAUUCAACUUACCUAAUACAUGUGAAAUUAAUUACCACUAUCACAGCUGCUAGAUUCUUCAAGAGGUAACAGUUCCUUGUCGAAUUUGCCAUCGAAAGAAUCGCCGCCCAUCAUGGGUGUCACCAACAAACGUACGCUUUCCAAGACCCGUCGCAAGACGAGGGACCUUGAUCAGAUCAAAGCCGACCUCCUCUCGCCAAAACAUCUGGCCCAAUUCAAGAACCUAAAGGCGCCAGAAGACCUACCUGCCCUAGGCAAAUGGUACUGCACCGAGUGCGCAAAAUGGUACGAUGCCGAAGACAACCUCGUUAAACACAGAAAAGGAAAGCCUCAUAAGAGAAGAGUCAAGCAGCUUCGCGAGGAGCCAUAUACUCAGAAGGAGGCCGAGGCCGCUAUUGGUCUCAGAACCGACAAUCAAAGCCCCUACCGAACCGAGAGCGCCGCCGAUAACGAGAUUACCAUGUCAACAUGAACGGCCUAGUCCCGCCGCGCAAACUUCUCAAAACAGGCAUCUAUGGUGUUUCGGUAUACUAGUGAGUAUCAUCAAUAAAGCACGGGUCGGGCAUGUUAUAUAAUGCGCUCAUACGCUGCGAUAUUCCCUAAGGCAUUUUCUGGCCAGAUCAGGGCUAAUAUCAUAUUUUCGAAGUUGUGAUAUCUCGAGGGUUUGGUAACUCAUUGGCUUCGCUCAUUUCAAGCCACGAGCUCUCGGUCUAACGAGACCACUUGUGCGACCUCGUCCCGUUCCACCUCUACCUCUAGACUGGGUGCCGCCUCUCGAGGGAGGGGGGACGCGAGAUUGACGUGCAUCCGGCGUCGCAAACUUCUUAGGAGUCGGCUUGGAGACCGUCGGUGGGUUCUCUACGAAGGAGGUGUCCGUAGUCCUAGAGAUAAUCAGUAUUGGCCCAAGGCCUCGUACCAAAUGCACAUACAUGAAUGUCGUCUCCCCCUCAAAUUCGCCUCCUCG